AUGCUUGCCUUGAUCAUUGGUUUUGAUCCCAAGUCUUCCACUGCCAUUUCUAAGUGUAUGAUAAUGGGUGCUGCAGAUUAUGAUCUGGCAUUGCUCUUUCAGCCAAUGCUCAUGCUAGGCAUCCGCAUAGGAGUUGCCUUCAACCUCAUGUUCGCCAACUGGAUGGUCACAGUUCUACUUAUCAUUCUCUUCUUAGGUACAGCAGCAAAAGCUUUAAUGAAGGGCAUAGAAACAUGGAAGAAAGAGACAAAGAUGAAAAAGGAAGAAAAAAGCAGUUGGAAUCGGAGUCCAAACCUGGCGGAAAACUCUAAAGUGCGCAUCUCCUUAGUUGCAUAUGGUUCUGGAGAAGACUAUAAACUACUACCUAGUGGUCCAGCUAUGAGCAGAUUGUUAAGUUAUUUUACUCUCUAG